GGGGGGGCACUACAGUCCCCAGGAAACCCUACACGAGGGAAGGCAGAGGCUGGGAGGGACUCUGGGAAGCCAUGGACAUCCAGAGGCUGCAGAAGGUACUGAAAGAUUUUGAGAAAAGUGGGGGGAAAGAAAGUUUGGCCUGUCCUGGAUCAGUGUUUUGUCAUGUAGCCAAGACUGAAGAAACAAUGAUUCAGUGGUCCCAAUUGAAAGGCUGUUUUAUAAUCAAACUGGAGAAAGUGAUAGAUGAUUUCAGAACUUUAACUCCCAAACCGACAGGUCCUUCAAAUCCUAAUGUAGAAUAUAUUCCCUUUGAUGAAAUGAAGGAAAGAAUACUGAAAAUUUUCACUGGAUUUAAUAGUAUCCCUUUUACUAUUCAGCAACUUAGUGAAUUGAGAACAGAUCCAAGGAGAAACUAUACAGAAAUAGACAAGUUUCUCAGAGGAGCAGAAAAGAAUGUGAUGGUUAUUAGCUGUGUGUAUCCUUCUUCAGAGAAAAAUAAUUCAUAUACUGAGAGUUCUAACACAAAUGAGCCUGGAACACCCAGGGCACUUAAUUGCCCAAAGAUUUCUUUGUCAGCCCCCUUGAAAACAAAUGGCUUGCAUGAGAACACAGAGAGCAAAGAGUCAAUCUUACAGCAAAAUGAAGAGAAAAAUCCUAGUGAUCCUUCAGAAUCUGAAUCAGAAUUUUCCUCCAUGAGCCCUAUAAAAAAUAAAUAUCUAGGUGAAGACACUGUGGAAUCUGAGGGGCAUGAAGUAAAAAGCCUCAGAUUUGACAAAGAAGGUGAAGUCAGAGAGACAGCCAUAGCCUCCAGUGAGAUUUCUUCAGUUAUGGAAAAAGAAAAAGAAGCAUCAUUGUUAACUCAGGAUAAACACAAAGAAAGUAGCUGUACCAGGCAGCACUGUACAGAAAAAGAUGAAAAAGAUGAUGAUGGUGAAGAAGAAUCUUGUAUGACAUCAAGAGACAUGAUCCCAGAAAGAAAAAAUCAAGAAAAAGAAUCUGAUGAUGACUUAACUGUGAAUAAAGAGACUUCUGAGGAAAAUAAUCAGAUGAAAGAAUUAGAUCUGUCUCAAGCUGAGAAAUAUUUACAUUCUGAAAGUAGUGAAAAUACAGGCCCUGUCAGUAGUUCAGACUGCCAUGAAACAGAAGAAUUAGCAGGCUCUAAUUGCAGUAAAACUGGAGAUGGUCUCUCAGAAUCAUCCAUGGAAAAUGAUGAGGAAACCUCAGAAGUCACAGAUGAACCAAUGGAACAAGACUACUUAGAAACAUUUAGAUAA